CACAAGCCGUAAACAUCUGAGUAGGGCAUUGGUUCCUCCCUGUACAUGUGGAAGAGGGAUUUUGUAUCAGGAGGCCUCCAUUCUUUAAAUUCAGCCACGUGAACCAUGCCGUGGCGGUGAAUUUUGCCAGGUUCCCUUUUAUCGUUAGUUAUCGCUGCCGGCCUGGCAAGGAUUCGUUGGACAGAAAGGCGUGGUUGAUUUUGCCACAGCGUGGCCCUCAUAGCAGAGAAAGGCAAUCACGGGCCCGUAGUCGAAAUCAGGAAUUCCUGCCGUCGAAUCUGAAUCAAAAUAAUGGAUCAGGGGACAGCCAUCCGAGCAGCCGACAAGGACGCUCCCACCCCAAGUGGAAGCCUCGCAGGGAUAUCGGACCCCCAAUUACAAGAAUACCGGGAUGCAUUUAAACUCUUUGACAAGGACGGUGACGGCUCCAUCACUAUCGACGAACUCGGCACCGUCAUGCGCAACCUGGGCCAGUUCCCGUCCGAGGACGAGCUGAAAGAAAUGCUGCACGACAUCGAUACAGACGGAAACGGCACUAUUGACUUCGACGAAUUCGUCGCGAUAAUGUCGAAAAUUGUGAAGGGGGACGAGGGGAUCCCUGAGGACGAGGAGAAAGAGCUACGAGAGGCCUUUAAGUUGUUUGACAAGGCCGGAAACGGCUACAUCAGCGCGUCCGACCUCAGACAGGUGCUGAACUGUCUGGGACAGGAUCUUACCGAGGAAGAAGUAGACGAAAUGAUCAGUGAAGUGGACGUUGAUGGCGAUGGUAGGAUUGACUACGAAGAGUUCGUGGCAGCCAUGUGUGACAGAACGGCGGAGAAGUGACAUCACAAAGCAUCAUUUAGCACUAGCAUGAUACUGACCCACCUAAUCGCAUCUCCUCAACGGGCUCAAAUCAGGGCUUUACAUCUUGUAAGGAUUUGUUGCAAGUGAUAUGUUGGUAAAAGUGGUUGUAUUUUUCGUCAAAUUGUAUUUUUCGUCAAAUUGUGUGUCGUCAAAUUGAAUUCGUAUAUACAAUGCAUGUACACAUUGGUCGGAUAUGAUAUAUGCAUCUAUCUGCUGAUGGAUAAUGAUACAAUACAAUGAAAUCAAAUUAGGGAUAUCUCAGCGAAUGAAUCCUCGUUUUUUUUUCAAAAUGAUGUGUUGAAUUAGAUUAAGCCGUCAUAUGCAAGUGAAAAUAAGAAUGUGUAAGCGGAAAACCAUAGCUAUUGUUGUGGAAGAAUCCGAAAAUAUAUUACUGGUGAUGAAUAAAUAUGAUAAACAGAUUCAACCGCUACCAUCAACAGCUAUAUUCAUACUGAUUUUUUCUUACAUUUGGAUGCGGUACGUGUAAUUGUUCUGUAUGAUUUGAGAAUAAUGUCUCUGUACAUAUAAAUAAAAAAAAUAUUACCUCGACUUUCAUUGACUUUUUGAUGUAGAAACAAUAAAUCAAUUUGAAACGUAACUGUGUGCACCAUAGUCCGGUAAUGCCUGAUUACUCCGCAUUUUGUUGCGCUCAUAUGUCCAGCCAUGUAUGCGCAUUUAGUCAAUAAAACACAAAGAAACAAGUGAA